AUGGCGGCGUCGGCGCCACCAACGUACGAGGAAGCCAUCGGCUCCUCAACUGGUCCCCCGGCUGGUCCCCCUGACGGACCCUCCGCCGGUGGUCCCAGCACCACGACCUCAACGCGCCCCACCCACCGCACCCGGAAUGGCAUCCCCCCGGCCCAGCGGCGCAGCAUGGAAGACGAGGCGCGCCCUCUCCCCAAGGGCUGGGUGCGGACCUUCGACCCGGCCACGUCGCACCAGUUCUUCGUCGACGUGACGGCCGACCCGCCGCGCUCCAUCUGGCACCACCCGUACGACGACGAGGAGUACGUGGCCGGCCUGCCGGACGAGCAGCGCAAGCGGCUCGCGGGCCAGGGCGCCCUGCUGGGGCACAGCGUCAGCAGGGAGGACCUCGCGGCCGAGAGCACGGACGAGGACGACGACCGCAGCGACCUCGGUCGGGGUGGUCACGACGGCGGCGGCGACGACGACCACCCGCCCGGAGCCCUCUCGAAGCUGGGCCGCAAGCUGAAGGACCGGAUCACGUCGUCGACGCAUGCUGAGCGCGAGGCGGAACGCCAGCGUCGGGCUGCGGAGGAGGAGGACGCGUAUCGGCAGCACCUGGCCUUCCGGCGGGGGUUGACGGAGGUGGUGCGGACGGGCCGGCCGCAGCUGAUUGGGCGGGACGAUGACGGGAGGGAGGUGUACCUCGAGCCGCCUGGAGUUGCGCACCGCGGGGUGGUGGGCGAGCGGAGGCUGAGCUCGUACAUUACUGAGGUGGAGUACGCGAGUGGAGCGGGGCCCGGGGUGGGCGGGCCGGGGGCGAGGUAUAUUAGGGCUGACGGGAUGUAUCCCGGCGGGCUUUAUAAUGGCGGGUAUGGGGGCGGAUAUGGGGGGCUUGGAUAUGGCGGCGGACUUGCGCGGCCUUACGGACCGUACAACAGACCGUACGGGCUUGGCUACGGCGGAGGCUUUGGGAUGCCGCUCGCAGCACCGCUGUUGGGCGGAAUGAUGCUCGGGGGCUUGAUGUUUUAG